UGCUUAGGAGGCUGAGGCGGGAGGAUGGCUAACUCAAGGGCAGUAUGGGCAACUUAGUGAAACCAUCUCAAAAGCAAGCAGACAAAACCAGAGAGAAAGUGAGGCUGAAGUGGAAGAGAGAGGUGAAAUGGCGGAGAGCAGCAGUCAGGUGAAGAGAGUCUGAGAAGAGGAGACAGGUGGCCUCGCCUUGUUCCCCAUCUCUGCCCUCACCUGCCCCACAGACAAGCAGGCAGAAACACCCCCACACUGACCUCCUUCUUGACACUUGCUUGUCCUACCUCAGCUCUGCCCAGUUGCCCUGUUCUGCUGGUCAAGCCCAUUAAGCUGCUGCCCUGGCCACAACUGAAGGCCCCACGCCCCAAGGAGGAUACCACUGAAGAGGCGUCCCUGCUCCCUUGCGCCUCAAACCAUCAAUUAAUAUUAAUGAUGGAAGGCUGUGCACUGCCUAAAGACCCCCAACAGGGUGCAGGUGGAGAGCCCCGCCCCAUGACUCAGGAAGUUAAAGGACCUGGGGCCCUCUGGCAGCUCAGAGUGUCCUGAUGGCGUGCAGCGGCAGGAGGGUCACAAUCCAGCUGGUGGAUGAAGAUGCAGGCACGGGAGCCUUGGACCCACAGCCCUUUAGGGGCCAGAGCUAUGAAGCAAUCAGAGCAGCCUGCAUGGAUUCGGGAAUCCUGUUCCGUGACCCCCAUUUUCCUGCUGGACCCGAUGCCCUUGGCUAUGACCGGCUGGGGCCAAACUCGGAGAAGGCUAAAGGGGUGGAAUGGAAGAGGCCCAGAGAGUUUUGUACUGAGCCUCAGUUCAUCUGCGAGGACAUGAGCCGGACAGAUGUGUGUCAGGGGAGCCUGGGGAACUGCUGGUUCCUUGCAGCCGCCGCCUCCCUCACUCUGUAUCCCCGGCUCCUGUACCGGGUGGUCCCCCCUGGCCAGAGCUUCCGAGACGGCUACGCAGGUGUCUUUCACUUCCAGCUCUGGCAGUUCGGCCGCUGGGUGGACGUCGUGGUGGACGACAGGCUGCCUGUGCGCAAGGGGAAGCUGAUGUUCGUGCGAUCCGAGCAGCGGAACGAGUUCUGGGCCCCGCUCCUGGAGAAAGCCUAUGCCAAGCUCCACGGUUCCUACGAGGUGAUGCGAGGCGGCCACAUGAACGAGGCUUUUGUGGACUUCACGGGUGGCGUGGGCGAGGUGCUCUACCUGAGAGGCAACACACCGGGCCUCUUCUCUGCCCUCCGCCAUGCCCUGGCCAAGGAGUCCCUCGUGGGCGCCACUGCCCUGAGUGACCGGGGUGAGUACCGCACAGAAGAGGGGCUGGUGAAAGGACAUGCAUAUUCAGUCACAGGCACACACAAGGUGACCCUGGGCUUCACCAAGGUGCAGCUGCUGCGGCUGCGGAACCCGUGGGGCCGCGUGGAGUGGACAGGGGCCUGGAGCGACAGCUGCCCACGCUGGGAUACACUGCCCUCGGAGUGGCGAGAAGCCCUGCUAGUGAGGAAGGAGGACGGUGAGUUCUGGAUGGAGCUACAGGAUUUCCUCCAGCACUUCAACACCGUACAGAUCUGCUCCCUGAGCCCAGAGGUGCUGGGCCCCGAUCCGGCUGGGGGUGGCUGGCACAUCCAUAUCUUCCAGGGCCGCUGGGUGCGCGGCUUCAACUCUGGAGGGAGCCAGCCCAGUGCUGAAACCUUCUGGACCAAUCCCCAGUUCCGGCUGACACUGCUGGAGCCUGAUGAGGAGGAUGAUGAUGACGACGAAGAGGGGCCUUGGGGAGGCUGGGGGGCAGCAGGGGCGAGGGGCCCUGCAAGAGGGGGCCGUACCCCCAAGUGCACAGUGCUCUUGUCACUCAUUCAGCGCAACCAGCGGUGUCUGAGGGCCAAGGGCCUCACUUACCUCACAGUGGGCUUCCACGUGUUCCAGGUGAGGCCUGGAGGGGCAGGGCUGUGGGGGUGAGGAGGGGACCCUGAGCCGGGAAUCCGGGAAUCCGGGAGGACNGUCUUCUGCGCUCGCCGCGACGUGAGUCGCCGCUGCCGCCUGCGCCCCGGCCACUACCUCGUGGUGCCCAGUGCCUCCCACGUUGGCGAUGAGGCUGACUUCACUCUGCGCAUUUUCUCUGAGCGCAGCCACACCGCAGUGGAGAUCGAUGAUGUGAUCAGCGCUGACCUGGAGACCCUCAUGGUCCCCGCCAAGCCCCUGGAGCUGGAGUUGGUGCAGCUGUUUCUGGAGCUGGCUGGGGAGGAGGAAGAACUCAAUGCCUAUCAACUCCAGACCUUGCUAAGUAUUGCCCUGGAGCCAGGUGAGGCCCACACUAGGAACCCUGGGGAGAUCGGGCUCAGGACCUGUGAGCAGCUGUUGCAGUGUUUCGGGAAUGGGCAAAGCCUGGCCCUGGAACACUUCCGGCAGCUCUGGGGCCACCUCCUGAUUUGGCAGGACACAUUUGACAAGUUUGAUGAGGACACCUCUGGGACCAUGAAUUCCUAUGAGCUGCGGCUGGCCCUGAAUGCCGCAGGCUUCCACCUGAACAACCAGCUGACCCAGGCACUCACCAGCCGCUAUCGGGACAGCCGGCUGCGUGUGGACUUUGAGCGCUUCGUGUCCUGUGCGGCCCAGCUCACCUGCAUCUUCCGCCACUGCAGCCAGCACCUGCAUGGGGGUGAGGGGGUCGUCUGCCUGACCCACAAGCAGUGGGCAGAGGUGGCCACCUUCUCCUAGAGCAUCAGGUCAGUGCCUGCUGCCCCACUGACCAGGCCGCCUCUCUGUGCUCAGCUCUCCGCACCCGCACCGGGUCAGCACUGGCACUUCCUGUGCAGCCUGCUGGCCCGUGUUCGUCCCUGCUCCCCUUUAGACCCAGGGGGCCCACGGAUGGGAAUGGGGUCUGUGGGCUCACAUGCUCUCCUGAGCGGUAGAGAACAGAGCACAGAGAAAGAGAGGACACUGUAGGGCUCCUUCUUAAAAAUAUUAUGUUUUAUUAUCCUGUCCCCAGAAGGGUGGUUUAUCCAGAAACCAAGAAAAAAAAAA